CCAGCUCAUACACAUUUUUUUCAUAUAUUCGUUCUCUUUGUUGUUGUGAUUAUCCCCUUUUUAAAUCUAGUUUUGAAUGGCAACAGAUAAUAGCAGGCCUGGACAUCUGCUGCCGUCUCCAAGAGAUUUGCUAUCGUCAUCGUCUCGAUCAGAUAUGGUGGUUGAUACUGAUGAACGCAAGUGGGAUUCUCCACCAGCCAAACAUCAUCCCCAUUCACCCAUGCCAGAUCAAUACUCACAACCACCCUCACAAUCUACUGAUGAAUAUCUACAUCACCGCAUGUCUGGCAUGUUUUUAAACAGACCUACGGCCACGCCAAAUAUUGCUACAAACACAGGUGGACGACCAGAAUCGCAAGCUCAACAUUUUAGUAGUAGUAAUAGAACCCUGUCACCUCUUGAACCGGCUCACCAAUCUCCUUCGUACACCUAUAAUAGUCGAAGAGGUUCUAUCACAGACCCAGCGUUACAUUCUUCGGAACAUCGCCCUUCACUGCAUGAUAUCAACCUACCUAUACCCACAUCAAGAAAUGUUAGCCGGCGCGGUUCCAUUGCUACCAACGAUGCCCCUUCUCGAUCACCUUCCCCAGCGCCCUUUGCACAAGCAAAGCCAUACGAUGAUCCAUACUACAAUCAUUAUGCUCAUCGUCAAUCGAACGCUGCCCCUCCCCCACCACCUUCCGGCUAUGAACCCUUCCAAAGGCGUCACUCCAUUGCCAAUUCUGAGUUGCCACAACCUCCGUCGACUGAUCCCAACAGGCGGUUCACAGGGUUUCAUUUUCCGGCCAUCAAAGAAGACAAGCGAGGAGGUCCAUUUUCAGCUCCGUCGAGCCCUCCACCCACGCAUUCCGCUCCUUAUCCACCCGGUCCAACGGAGCAAGAUGGUUUCCAAUCGCGAUACCCACCCAAUGAUCACUAUCAACCUUAUCCUACCAAUCGUCGUACCAGUCAACUCGUCGAUGAAGGUAAUAAUGGCGGCCCGAUCUUGGGCCGACGAGCAUCGUUGCCAGUGGUGGGAUUGAAUCGCGCAAGAGAACCCUACACUUCACCCAGCGACCCUAGGGCUCCACGACCAGAUCACCUUCGGGACUAUGGAAGUACAAUGGGCAAGCCUGAGACUCCUUAUUCUCGUAGUCCUGAACUUCGGGUUAGUCACAAGCUUGCAGAAAGAAAGAGAAGGAAGGAGAUGAAGGAGUUGUUUGAUGAACUUCGUGAUUCCCUUCCUUUGGAUCGCAAUUUAAAGCAAAGCAAGUGGGAGAUUUUAAGCAAGGCUGUCGAGUUUAUCGGCACUUUGAAGCAACGUGACUAUGAUAUGGGUCAAGAGAUAUCUGCCUUGAGAUCAGAGCUGGGUAGACUUCGACAUGAACAACAACCGCCUCAGUAAUGGUUCUUUUUACAGUCGUCAUUUUUAUUGGAUGUGCCCUCCAAGGAGGCGCACGGUGUGUAGUCAAAUAAUCUUUUGGAUUUAUUACUCUGGGUGGGCUGAGCCAGUCUUUCCCUCUCAUGUUUUCUCUACAGUAAUACAGAAUGUUUCGACAGGCAUUGUCGCGUGUAGAAAACAAACACAGAAAAAAAGCAACACAAAAAAAAAUAACUUCUUGUAUUAUUUUUUUUCUCCCCUUGUUUCAUUCUAAUGCAUCAUAUCAUGGCCGACAAAAACAGACA